AUGGAUCUGAGACCGGAGCACCCCUCAGUCUCCUCCGCCUCGCAGGUCCACCCGGGCCUGGCGGCAGCAGCCAGCUCCAUGGCCGGCUCCAUGGCCGGCUCCAUCCCGGUGUCCAUGGCCGGCACCCUGCUGCGCGGCCCGCAGCUCAUCCUGCGCACCACGGACAAGUACCCGCGCACCCCGAAGUGUGCCCGCUGCCGGAACCACGGCGUGGUGUCCGCGCUGAAGGGCCACAAGCGCUACUGCCGCUGGAAGGACUGCAUGUGCGCCAAGUGCACGCUGAUCGCCGAGCGGCAGCGCGUCAUGGCGGCGCAGGUGGCGCUGCGGCGGCAGCAGGCGCAGGAGGAGAACGAGGCCCGGGAGCUGCAGCUGCUCUACGGCACCGCGGAGGGACUCGCCCUGGCCGCCGCCAACGGGAUCAUCCCCCCGCGGCCCAGCUACGAGGUGUACGGGUCCGUGAGCAGCGAGAGAGACUCAGGUGAGGGCAACUCCAGCAUCCAGAAGUACGAGCUGUUUGCAAAGAGCCAUCACUCCGGCUCCGCCACCCCGCAGCAGUCCCUGGGCAAACCGGCCUCCACCGAGAGCGACUCGGCCCCGGGGAUCUCGUCUCCGGACGGCCGGCACGGAGGCUCCGGGUCGGAGAACGGAGACAGCGAGUCUUUCAUCGGCUCCCCCGUGUCCAAGCCCCUGAAGGACGGAGGGGAGACUCCGGGGUCCGUGAGUUCCCUGGGCUCCGACUCCGGCUCCGAGACCGACAAGGACGAGCAGGAGGCCUCCCCGUCCUCCGCGGCCUCCCGGCACAUGAACGCCAUCGACAUCCUGACCCGGGUGUUCCCGAGCCACAAGCGCAGCGUCCUGGAGCUGGUGCUGCAGGGCUGCGGCAAGGACGUGGUGCAGGCCAUCGAGCAGAUCCUCAACAACAGCGGCGCCCAGGGCUCCACCAAGGCCGGGCCCGACGAGACGUGGACGGCCGAGAGGAUGCUCCAGAGCGCGCAGCCGCCGCCGUCCUCCGCGUCCACCGCCGGCCCGACGAGGCCCUUGUUGCCCGGCGCCAUGACGCUGAGCAGCCGCUCCGCCUUCUCCCCCCUCCAGCCCAACGCCCCGCACUUCGGCGCCGACCCCAGCACCUAUCCUCUGGGGGCCCACCUGGGCCUGAACCCGCUGCGGCUGGCCUACUCCGCGCACAGCCGGGGACUGGCGUUCAUGACGCCCUACUCCACCACCGGCCUGAUGCCCACCCUGGGCUUCAGACCCCCGAUGGACUACGCCUUCAGCGACCUGAUCAGGGACCGGACAAUGUUGCACAAGGAGCAGGCCUACGCCAGCGGCCUGUACGGGCCCCUGGUCAACAACACGCCGGACAAACAGUGA